AUGGAGCUCAAGUCCAGGGCCACCGUGUGCGCUCUCCUGUUCCUGCUGCUCGUCCUCUCACACGACGGCAGCUAUGGCGGCGGGAUGCUGGCGGCGGAGGCGCGGGUGUGCACGGGGAAGAGCGAGCGCCACUCCUUUCCCUGCGUCUCCGACCGCCACUGCAGCGAAGACUGCAUCAAGCAGCCCGGCGGAUGGACCGCCGGAUACUGCCGGAGGGCCACCUGCAGGUGCCAGAAGGCCUGUUGA